GUUGGUCAGUUCAAAUCGAGUUCGUUUAGUGAGUGGACGUGUGCUGUUGGCACUCCUCCGCUGAAAUAUAGUGCAAAUAGAUUGAAAGACACCAAAGAGACCCAACCACAGGUUUCGGACAACCGACUGUGCGUAGUGGAAAAGUGCGAGUUUAAAAAGUUGAAUCCGGAGAAGCAAACAGUUGAUGCAAGAUGCCGCCCAACGCCCAAGCCGGUGCCCAGUCCAUCACGGACUCGCUGCUCGCCGCGGCUAGCGCCGCCGCCGAUUCGGAACAGAGCCCCACCAAGCUGCAGGAGGACUCCACCGGAGUGCUCUUCGAGUGCGAUGUGGAGACCACCGACGGUGGACUCGUCAAGGACAUUACCGUGCUGAAGAAGGCGGAGAGGCGCCGACUGAAGCUGGUCUGGCGCAACAUCAUCGCCUUCGCAUACCUCCAUCUGGCGGCUCUCUACGGCGCCUACCUCAUGGUCACCUCGGCCAAGUGGCAGACCUCCGUCUUAGCUUAUUUCCUAUAUGUCGUUUCUGGCCUGGGCAUUACUGCCGGUGCCCAUCCUUGGGCGCAUCGCUCCUACAAGGCCAAGUGGCCCCUGCGCGUGAUUCUGGUCAUCUUCAACACCAUCGCCUUCCAGGAUGCCGCCUACCACUGGGCCCGUGACCAUCGCGUGCACCACAAAUACUCGGAGACUGAUGCUGAUCCCCACAACGCCACUCGUGGCUUCUUCUUCUCGCACGUCGGCUGGCUGCUGUGCAAGAAGCACCCGGACGUGAAGGCCAAGGGAAAGGGAGUCGAUCUAUCCGACCUUCGCGCCGAUCCCGUCCUCAUGUUCCAGAAGAAAUACUACAUGCUGUUGAUGCCCAUUGCCUGCUUCAUCAUUCCGACCACGGUGCCCAUGUACUUCUGGGGUGAAUCGUUCAUGAACGCUUGGUUCGUGGCCACCAUGUUCCGUUGGUGUUUUAUCCUGAAUGUAACCUGGCUGGUGAACAGUGCUGCCCACAAAUUCGGUGGCCGUCCCUACGACAAAUUCAUUAAUCCUUCGGAGAACAUCUCGGUGGCUAUCCUGGCCUUCGGCGAGGGGUGGCAUAACUACCACCACGUCUUCCCCUGGGACUACAAGACGGCCGAGUUCGGCAAAUACUCGCUAAACUUCACCACCGCCUUCAUCGACUUCUUCGCCAAGAUCGGCUGGGCCUACGACCUGAAGUCCGUGUCCUCGGACAUCAUCCAGAAGCGUGUGAAGCGCACUGGUGACGGAACGCACGCCACGUGGGGAUGGGGAGACGUGGACCAGCCCAAGGAGGAGAUUGAGGAUGCACUCAUUACACACAAAAAGAGCGAAUAGGCAGGCUCAGGGCUGAGGGUUGAGGCUGAGGGUUUAGAAGAAAUCAAUCAAAUUCAAAUUAAGCUAACAAAACCUAAUUUUCCAUUUUGCAUAUGUCCGCGGAACAAACUUCCUAACAGAGAAAAUGCAGCCCAUUAAAUUAAUUCUAAGAUAAAACGUUGAUGAUAACUGUUUGUUGUAUCUCGAAAACUUUAUACCGUCUGUGUUAAACCAGCUCUGGAAAUGUUUUUAUUUCGCUCUGGCGUUGCUUUUUAAGAGAGACGCAAACUAACUUUGUAUUUAUACAUGCAUAUAAUUGCUUAAAACCUGGAUAUUGAUGUACAAUAGACGGCAAUUGGAGCUUUUCAUUCACUGUUAUCUCGAGGUCACUUUGAAAUUUGAGAGAAAUUUUCAGUUAAAGAAUAUAAAAAUUUAUACAAAUGGAGGAAAACUUUCCGUUUCAAAGAAAAAGAAAUACCUGCAAAUGAAAGAUUUUAGUAUUUAGCGUAAGCCAAAAAGACAAAAAGAAUUAUCAAGGAACUAAUAUAUAAAAUAUAUAAUAAACGAUCGCUGUUAGAACACUAAAAGCACCUUCACCUAUACAUAUGAUAUUUCCUUAAAUGUUAUUAAAUAAAAUGUGAAAAUGCCUCUGGGAAAGAAAUCCCAGUAGGUUUUUCCAUAACCUGAA